AUGAGGGAAGCACAGCUGCUGGGCAUGGGCCUGUGCCAGCCAGGCAAGGAGGACAAGCCCAAGUAUGCAGGACUCGUCGUUACUCAGCUGGAUGUCCAGCCUGGUGAGUGCAUCAAGGUCAAAGGGAAGAUCCUGUCUGAUGCCAAAGGGUUUGCUGUGAACGUAGGGAAGGACAGCAGCACCCUCAUGCUGCAUUUCAACCCUCGCUUCGACUGCCGUGGGGACGUCAACACCAUUGUGUGCAAUUCGAAGGAGGAUGGCAUGUGGGGUGAGGAGGACAGGAAGGCUGACUUUCCCUUCCAGCACGGUGACAAGAUCGAGAUGUGCAUCUCCUUCAAUGAAGCAGAGGCAACAGUGAAGCUACCCGAGGCAGAGUUCCAGUUCCCAAAUCGGCUGGGCAUGGAGAAAAUUGAAUACUUGGCUGUGGAGGGUGACUUUAAAGUCAAAGCCAUUAAGUUCGGUGAACAGCUAUAGCUUGGUUUUUGUUUUCUUUUCUCCCCCCUGCUUAGUGAAAUAAACCCAAAUUUGCAAUGGCUG